GCCUCACGUUGUCGGUACCAGGGCGGCGAUGGAGCAAUGUCGGUGAGUUACCUCGGUGCGUUGUCGGUGAGUUCGUGCUGGCGACCGCCGAUGGAGCAAUGUUAGAAAGGCAGGCAACAGACAGUUCGUUGCCGCGGCCGGGCUGCUCCUCCGAGAUAGAUUCUCAACAAAAAAAGGCGGCCGAAGCCUCUCAAAAACCCGAAGCACCCCGGCCGGGGCCACUUCGGGCCCUCGAAUGGUUCCGGCCGGGCCAUUUGUUCGGGCACUCGGGGGCCCCGCGCAUACUGCGGCCGGGACGCCUUUUGCGACACCCAGAAGGCCCCACAAGCGCUUCUCCACUUGCCCGUUCUCGCAGAAAUCGACUCGACUCAAGAGACACCUUCGCGAAAUCUCGAGUCGUUUUUUUUGCUCCCCUUCAAAUUCUCGAAUCGAUUCAGAGGCACCUGCGCAAAAUCUCGAGUCGUUUUUUUUGCACCGUCCCAAAAUCUCGAAUGACCCAAGUCGAGAACUGUCAAAUUCUCGACCCAUUUCGGGGCCAUGCUGCAACUCCUCGAAUCGUUUCGCCGUAUUUAUGUUACCUUUUCGGAGUUUGUCCGUUCAUAUGCUGGCGACCGCCUAUGGAGCAAUGUUAGAAAGGAGGACAAGCGCCGUCGCGACGACGAGCGCGAGCAGAUUAUACGAACGAACGGGACGAGGAACUGAAGAGCGGGGAACGGACAGCACAGGAGCCACUGCGAAGGUACAGCUACAACCUUCCUGACAGGUUCGGGCUCGUCCGCACCAGGAAGCUGCGCAGCUUGGUGGGGACGUGCUUACUUAACCGGGGCUGCUUCGCGGAAUAGGGAAAGGCCUGCGUGGGCACGGUGCUGCAGCGUGAAGACCAGCAUGCAACGUCAGGACCAACUUACGAUGUUGAUGUAUGAAGCUCAAUGGCCAAGGACACGGACUCGCAAAGAGCUGGCGACAGGUGGACUGAAGACGAGGUGCCUGAAAAUUCAUCGAGAGAAAAUGAAACGCAAAUUUCACUUUUUAAGCAGCGGCGCCUUCUCCUCGGGUCUAAGCCACAAGUCGCUUAGCCAGCGUGUGUUUUUUGUUAAAGAUAAAGCAGCGCUAACGACGUGAGGCUAAAGGAAAAACUUCAACAGGUUCCACAUGAUAGAUCAGUCACAACAAACAAACAAACUUCACCAGAAAAGAUCUCACUCCGUGAUAGACGUAUGGAGAACCCGCACCACCGC